ACGGAUGAGCUUGCCCAAACCUUCAAAUUUUCGAACCUCAGCGGGAAAAGGAACACACUGUCCAGUCGCAUUGCAAGGCAACCGCCACCGUUUUUCACCCACAACCACUUCCAUGAACAGCGGCGGGGAAAAGCAAGUUCUCACCAUUGCCUCUAAAACCAAUAAGAGGUCUCGGCGGAGCUUUGAAGCAACAAAAGCACUCCCAGUCUGCGGAGGCGAUAUAGAGGAUGUUGUCGUUUUCGCCCAAGAUGAAACCCUAAAAAUAAGGGCUUCUCUGUUGGAAUGGUACGAUCGCAAUCGAAGAGACCUCCCGUGGAGAAGAGUGAGCGAUAAUGUCAGUGAGGACGAGAAAGAAAAAAGGGCUUACGAGGUCUGGGUUUCUGAGAUAAUGCUGCAGCAGACAAGGGUCCAGACGGUUAUCGAUUACUUCAACCGGUGGAUGGAGAAAUGGCCGACUGUUCAACACUUGGCUCGAGCUUCUCUUGAGGAGGUGAAUGAGAUAUGGGCGGGUUUGGGCUAUUAUAGAAGGGCUCGUUUUCUUCUAGAGGGUGCUAAAAUGAUAGUUGCAAAUGGAAAUGGUUUUCCAAACACUGCAUCUGAUCUUCGAAAGGUUAAGGGGAUCGGUGAAUAUACAGCUGGGGCUAUUGCAUCCAUUGCCUUUAAUGAGAAAGUGCCUGUUGUUGAUGGAAAUGUAGUCAGAGUCAUCGCAAGACUUAAGGCCAUAUCUGCCAAUCCUAAAAGCAAAGCGACUGUCAAGAAUCUUUGGGAUCUAGCCGGCCAAUUAGUUGACCCUUGUAGGCCUGGAGAUCUCAACCAGUCUCUCAUGGAGCUUGGUGCAACUACAUGCUCCCCGUUGAACCCAAGAUGUGAUGCAUGUCCAAUCUCAACUCAAUGUGGUGCCCUAUCCCUCUCUAGACAGGAUGAAUCUGUUGGAGUUACUAAUUUCCCAAUGAAAGUAGCCAAGGCUAAACAAAGGCGUGAUUAUUCUGCUGUGAGUGUAGUGGAGAUAUUAGAAAGCCCAUUAGGUUCUAAUAGUAAGUUUCUUAUCGUGAAGAGGCCAACUGAAGGUUUGCUUGCUGGGCUAUGGGAGUUUCCGUCUGUCUUGUUGGAUGGAGAAGAGGAAUUGAUUUCAAGAAGAGAAGCAACUGACAAUUUUCUGAGAUCAUCUGUCAACUUAGACACGAAGAAGUCUUAUACUGUUGUUUUAAGGGAACACGUAGGAGAAUAUGUUCAUAUCUUCACUCAUAUUCGUCUCAAGAUGUUCAUAGAAUUGUUGGUUCUCUGUCCUAAAGGAAAAAGGAAUUUGCUGAACAGCAAACAAGGUGAGGAGACUGCAAUAUGGAAAUAUGUUGAUGGGGAAGAACUCUCUACCAUGGGGUUAACAUCUGGAGUUAAAAAAGUAUAUAGCAUGAUUCAGAAAUACAAACAAACUAAAUUGGAUUCCACCACUAUGAAACAAAGACGGAGAAAAGCUGCGAGAAAAUAGAUUCUCCUAGUUACUGUUUUGCUUAGAAGGAUGAAAUUUUGCCUACAGUAUGUUGCCUUCAACUGAGAAAAUAUCCAAGAAAACUUCUUACUGGUGCAGUGGCUUAACGAGGAUUGAUGUCUGGGGAAUGAAUUUGAGCAGAACACUUGGGGAAUUGCUGUUUAGAUCAGCUGUACUCUAAUGUCAAUGUACAAAUUAAUAACAUUUGUAUAAAUAAUAUAUUUACAUUGCAUGGAAUUUUAAGCCCAAUUUUUAUGCAUAUUUUUUGCUGUUUGGGGAACAUUGCAAUGUGAUUAUGUGAGUAUCCUUUUUUGUUCCAAUAUUU